UUUUUGGAGGGCUAUAAAAAGAGGGAUUUUUUUAGUUUUUUUUUCUUUUAGUUUUUAUCCCCUCUUAUAUUUCAACAUGUCUCUUGCUAUUAUCAACAACAACACUGCUAUGGAUGAAUUUUCAUUAAAUGGUCAACCAUCAUUAGACCCUCAUCGUAGACAAAUUAUCAAGAGAAAAGUACUUGCUAUUGGAAAGAUGUCAAGAUCGUACACUGUCUUGAAAGAACACCCACAACUUGUACAACAAUUAAAGGCCUUGACAAAUGGUCGAUUACCUGUUGGCACUUUGGCUUCUGGUGAAAAGGGAAUUCGAGAAGCCAUCAUUCAAAAGACUAUGAACAAUGGUUUAUCAAAGUUAAAAGAACAAAAAGACCUUUCUUCCAAUCUAUAUCAUCACCAUCAACCCAAUUACAAAGUAGCUUCAAGAGAAGGUCAAAUCUAACUUAUUCGUCUCUCUCUCUCUCUCUCUCUUUAUGUAUAUAUCUAUAUCUACCCUUCAUAUUUAUUUUACGUUAAAUAAAGCCAAAUAUUUACAAUGCGUGA